AUGAAGCUGGUUGCCUUGUCAGAUAUUGUUAAAGAACUUCGAAAGAAGAUGAAUCCCUUGAAUCUGUGGAGCGCAGCUGCUCAGAUAUUGCCCGACAAAUUAGUGGAUAUGUCAUUAGAUGACCUGUUGCGGGUGAGUUCCUCUCGUGCUAAAAAAGAAGCAGACCAGCUAAGUCACAAUCAGGAUGACAUAUUUGCGCAGCUGAAAGGAGGAGAGCUCAAGAUGCUGGUCAAUAUUGCUAGUAAAACGGGUUACUAUAACAUCCGGUUCCCUCAAUCGUAA